GGGCGUGGCCACACGAUGAGUGGGCGUGGCACCGCCGACACCGCCCAAUGGGAGGUGGUAACGCGAGUAGGCGGGGCGGAGGCGGUGACGCCCCGCCCCUCCCUCCUGGGCCGAGAAGCUCCGAGGCGGCGCCGCCGCCAUUUUGCGCUGAAGCUGCCUCAGGAUGGAGUCGAGACCCGAGCCGGAGCUGCCCGCCGCCCCCCGAGCCUUCAGACUCACCGCCCCGCCACGGAGCGCCACUCCACACACCCCUCCGCACCGCUGGCAGCGCUGAACGGCCUCAUGGAGCACAGCGGACGCGAACGCGCCGGCCCCGGCUUGGGAUGGGCCCGACUGGGCCUGGCCGGGGCCUGGCCGAAGCUGGCGGGGCCCAGCGCGGCGCCCGCCGGCGGCUCGUCCCAGGCGAGCCCGCCCUUCUCAUGGCUGCGCGUGGUGUCGCAGCUGCUGUCGCCGCUUCCCGCUCUCCUGCAGCGGCUGCUGCCCGGCGCCGCGCUGAGCUCCGCGCUCUGCCCCGCCAAGGCGCCGCCGCCGCUGGUGCUGCUGCCCAGGGCGGACACCUCGCUGGACUGGACCGAGGAGCAGCUCCCGGAGAAGCGGCCGGAGGGCGGCCCGGAGCCCGCGGGGCUGUGGGGAGCAGGGCUGGUGAGGAACAGCCUGGGGGCCCUUCCCGUGGGUUGGUACGUGCUGGGCUUGGAGCAGGGCAAGAGCCACCUGCCGCAGCCGCUGCGAGCCGAGGGCCUGCCCGAGGCUGAAUUCCUGCGCAGCAAGCGCCUGGCGUUCCUCCAGCGCUGGCAUCUGCCCGUGCCCGACCCCGACCACGGCUACCACAGCCUGGAGGAGGAGCAGCAGCAGCAGCACAGGGGUGUCUGCCGGGAAAUUGGGGAUUUAGAGCAGCCCGAGGGUGCGGGGAGACAGCCCGGAGGUGUCCCCGAGGGGCAGGAGGGGCUCCGGGACGCGGCUGAGGAGGGAGAAGCCUUGGCUGAGGAGGAACGUGAGGACUCGGAAACAGAGCAAGACUUCCCAAUUUCCACCAGACCUGCCUGUGCGAAUAAAUUAAUCGAUUAUAUCAUCGGGGGAGUAUCCAGCGGGGAGGAGAGCGAGGGUGAGGAAGACUGGGAUGAUGGUGAUGAUGAUGAAGAUGAUGAUGACGGGUUUGACAGCGAAGAGCUGCCCUCGGACUCGGACGCCGGCAGCCAGGACGGGGAGAGGCUUCAUCUGUGGAAUUCCUUCUACAGCUUGGAUCCCUACAACCCUCAGAACUUCACAGCCACCAUCCAGACGUCUUCCAGCGAGCCGGGAAAGGGAAUGUCGGACAUGGAGGAGGAGGAGGAGGAGGAGGAAGACUCGUGGGCAGAGUCCUCCGAGGGCUCGCCGAGUUCCGAGGAGGACGAGUGGGACUGUGACAGCGUGGAUGAGGCGGAGAACUUGAAACUUUGGAACUCGUUCUGUAGCUCGGACGAUCCCUAUAACCCUUUAAAUUUCACGGCGGCCUUUCAGACAGCGGAGAAAAAAGGGACGCCGGGUUUCCAGGGGACAGAGAGGGCGACUUGUGUCACCUCGGAGCGUUUCAGCCUGUGUAGGGUACAGCUGGAAAAACAGAACUGCGGGAGCACUGAAUUGGGGCAGGGCAAGGAGAAAACCGCGAGUUCCAAGAGGAAAAAGGUGACAUUCCAGGAGGAGGUGACAGAGUAUUACAUCAGCAGCGAGGAGGACCGCAGGGGGCCCUGGGAGGAGCUGGCUCGGGACGGCUGCCGCUUCCAGAGGCGCAUCCAGGAGACUGAGGAGGCCAUCGGCUUCUGCCUGAGCCCUGAGCACAGACUGAGGGUAUUCCAGAGGCUCCAGGAAUCCCAUUCCCACAGGACUGACCCCUUCUAGAACCUUCCAACUCCUGCAAUUUGCCUGACCCUUCAAUUCGUGAAAUCUCCACCACGAGUGGCAGCUGCAUGUGCUGGAAUGGGGAGAAAAAUGGGAUUUUUUUUGGUUUUCCUCAGUUUAAAAUUCAACAAAUUCUCCUUUUGAUAUCCAGAUAAAAACCCCCUGGAGCUCCCCAGAAGGGUGCUCUAAUUACAUUCCUGUUAAUUAGCACUUGACACACACAAGCAGACUGCUUGGGGUUCAAUCCAUUCCCAAAAAUGCCUUUUCCUGCCAUACCUUGGGAAGUGUGGGUACUCUCCCGUUGGAUUUUUGCACUUUUGGAAAAAAAAAAACCACAAAAAAAAAAUAUUUUGAAGGAAAUAUUUAUGGGGUUCAUUCCCUGGAAUUGCAGUUUUGAUUUAAAAUUCCCUGAGGGAUGUGUUUGGUGGUUUUUUUUUUUUUUUUGUGUUUCUCCAUUUUUUCCACCUUCUCCAAAAGCCUUAUUUUAAAAAAUCCUUUCUUUUAAAGGAUUUUUUUUCCCCAUUUUUUUUGCUUGGAAUAAUCCAAUGUUUGGCUAUUUUGAGGUUUGAAUAUUCCAGCCAAGCUUUGCUCUGAUUGAUUUCAAUAAUUCCCUUUUCAGGGUUCUGGCUGCAAGGAAAUUUCUCCUCCCAAUUAAUAAUUAAAACUUAAUGAGGUUGUGGAUGAUGCUUGAAUUUAGGGAGGAAAAUUCCUGAAUUAUUUAAUUCAUCUUUGCUGUAAUUCUGCUUUGGGAGAGGGAUUGAAGUGAAUUUUUAUAUCCAAUCUCUUUUAUCCUGAUAAUUUUCUUGGAUUUAAGGAAAUUUUCUUGGAUUCAAGGAGAUUUAAAGGCAAAAAUUUCUUUGUUUUCUAUCCCAAAAAAUCAGUAUUAACUCUUUGUGUCUGCACUGGGGUCACAAAAAACAUUUCAGUGAGAGGAAAAAACUCUUUAUUUAUAUUCUUAAUUUAAAAUAUGACAUUAUUUAAUCAAAAUCCUUGAGGGAAAAAGGACUUUGGAGCUGGAGGUUGGUGUGGGAAUUUUCCAAGCAGGGAAAAUAAAAAUGGAAAAAUUCCAAUGUUUGCACAAAGUUGGGUCAAUAAAUCAAAUAUUUGUUCAGCUGGCCAGAAUAAUUUCCAUUUUGUAGAAAAAAAAACCUUUAAAGUGCUUUAAAUUUAUCCUUAAUCCCUUCAGGUUUUAAUUUGGAAGAGAAUUAUUUCUUCCUGAUUUGAAAAUCCCAGAAUUUUUGGAUUUAUCCUUGAUUUUUAUUGCAAGAAGUGACUUCUUGGAGUUGAAAAAUCCUCUUUUUUUUGUGGUGCAAUUAGAAAUUUAAAUUAGAGUGGUAUUAACUCAAAUUCCAUCUGUUUGCCAUCCUAAAAAUUAGAUUUUUUUUUUCCUUAAAAAGAAGUUUAAAAUUUGUAUCACCCCCUCAAAUCCUGAGAAUUCCAUUUGGAAUUUUUGCUUUUUUUUGGGGUUUUUUUUGAAGGAUUUUACUCCCAUUGAAUCUGCUUUUUAAUUCAGGGGGGAAAAAUGGAAUUCCAAGAAGAAAAAAGUGUGGAAUUUCUGAUCAUUCCAAGGAAAACCCACUGCAUGAAUUUUUCCAUGGGUCUCCCAGUCCCUGGGAUUUUUUGGGGGGAUUUUUAAGGAUUUUUUGGGGGGAUUUUUUUGGCUUUUUUGGGGGAUUUUUUGGGAUUUUUGGGGGAUUUUUUGGGGAUUUUUGGGAUUGUGGUGCUUCAUUUCUUUAUGGACAACUCGGAUUUCUUGGUGCUCAGGAGAACCUUGGCAGAGCUGGGAAUCCACAGCUGCUUCCAGAGGGUUGAAACCUUGGAAAAAUGAAAUUUUUUAAAUCAGAAUUCCCAUGGAUCAGCUUUUCCCACUUCUCCAACCUCCUUUUUUCCCAGCUAUUCCACCUGAAAAUUGAAUUUAUUUACCACCAAACCCUCAGAGCUCCUUUUUUCCCCUCUAAAAUUCCUUAAAACACACAGGAAGCAAAACUUGGAGGGAUUUAAAUCAAAACUGUGAUCUGCAGAUUUUUAUUUUUGUAUCAUUUUGGGGGCAAAGUUUGGAUUUGGCUUUCUAUGGAUUUUUCCUUGAUUUGUGGCCGCUUUGUUGGGGUUUUUUCUACCUUAAAAAAAAAAAAAAAAUUCUAUUUCUGUACAUAAGAAACUCUUCAGGACUAAUCCGUGUGUUGGAAUAAAGAGAUUUGCAAGAUAAA